AGAUUUAUCAAAAGAUUAGAAAAUGCAGCUGUUGGCAUCCAUCUUGGUUUUCUCUCUCCUUGUCCUGGAUUCGGAUGCAAUCCAGUGCUAUCAAUGCACCAGUUUCCUAGGCGGGGAAUGUAGCGAAACUGCAAAAGGUUCUGUGGUUACGUGUCCUGAUGGUAUUACGUCCUGCACAAUAGUAGAAGCGUAUGCUGGGGGUGUACUGUUUACGUACUCGAGGGGGUGUGUAAGUGCUGACUCUUCCGGAUUCUCUGCAGAGCCUGGAUGCACAACUAUGGAUUCAGUUGCCGCGAAAACCAAGAGCUGCAACUGUGCAACUGACAAGUGCAACGAAAGCUUUGAAACAGCUGGAGCCAGGGCUGUACAGUUCUCCCUGGUGGCGGCCAUCUUGUCAGCUGUUCUCAUUAAUCAGUUGUAAACUAAUUUUAUAUAGACCUACAAAGCGCGUAUUGAUUAUACUUUUUGUUGCAUUUCGAGUUAAA